CAGACGCCAGCACUUGGUGAGAUGAGCAGUGGUGGCAGUCGUACCUGGCAGUGUCUCGAGCACAGGGGCACCGACGUGGCCGGAAGAGCCUUUGCCAAGUGGGCCAAAGCCGCGCUCAACGACGACUUUGACGUCAUGUGCAUCUCGCCCAGCGCCGUCGCGAGCUCGUGCGCGUGGUUCAACUCCAAGUCCGAGUGCACUGCCGUCGACCCGAAUGGCCUCGCGACCAUCACGUGCGCCGACUACUCGACGGCCAAGUCGGGCUGGUGCAGCGACUUCCGCCAGCAGAUCAUGAACGGGUCCGCGCCCAUGCCGAUCACGCCCAACAACGCGACGGAGUACAUUGUGCCCGUGCUUGCCAACGCAUGGACAUGCUCGACGUUCGCGCCGACGCAGGUGACGCUGACUGCGAUCGAUGCCGUUGCCGGCGUCGAGUGUCUCGCUGCGUCGUCGACCGAGUGCAUGUGGUUUGCGUCCUCGAAAGACUGCUGGACGCGCGCACUGCAACUCGCGAAUGGGACGGGCCCGGGCCUUAGCUGCGCCGCAGUGCUCAAAGACCCGCCAGCGUCGCCGCCCUCGACCACGUACCGCUGGUGCCAAUCGGUGCUGCACUCGUUCGCCAACAACACGGCCAACGCCACGACGUUGCCGCCGUCAUCAAGUGGCUCGUCGCUGUCAACGACGACGAUCCUCCUCAUCGUGCUCGUCUGCGUCGUCUUCAUCGGAAGCGUCGCCUUCUUUGCGCGCAUGCGGCGGCAGUACCACCGGUCGCUCUCGUCGAGCAGCUUCUACGAAGGGCCCAAGCAGAUGCUCACGAUCGAGUACCCGUCCUCCGAGAUGCACCACGACCGCCCGCCGGGCUUCGACGACCAGCAGCCCAAGGAGUCGCUCGUCCACGACAGUCUCCCGCCGACGGCUGCGAUCAUCAAUCGGCCGCGCGACGCGGUCAUCGCCGGCUCCUUCUCGUCUGGCGGCAGCGUCCGCAACGACACGAUCCUCGGCAUCUCGCUCGACAUGGGCGACCUCGCGCUCUGGCGCCUCGACGAGACGCAGCUUGUGCACAUCAAGACGCUCGCGACGGGCGCCAACGGCGUCGUCUCGCUCGGUCUCUACAAGCAGACGCAGCACGUGGCCAUCAAGAAGCAACUCGGCGAGAUCACACCGGAGAGCGUCCAGUCGUUCAUUGACGAGAUCAAGCUCAGUUCUCGGCUCGAGAGCCCGUACAUUGUGCAGUUCAUCGGUGCGAGCUGGGUGCGACCGCGCAACAUUGAGAUGGUCGUCGAGUACAUGGAAGGCGGCGACCUCCGCGGGCUCUUGACGCGCGAGCCCAACACGCCGCAGUGCUGGCCCAAGCUCAAGCUCCAGAUCGCGCUGGAUGUGCUCGACGGGCUUUUGUAUCUGCACUCGAUGGACAUUGUGCACCGCGACCUCAAGGCCCGGAACGUCCUCCUCACGAGCAGCCUCCGCGCCAAGCUCACCGACUUUGGCGUCUCGCGCACCGUAAGCGACCACGGCACCAUGACCAUGGGCGUGGGCACCUUCCGCUGGGCCGCGCCCGAGGUCUUUCGCGACCAAAAGUAUACGGUCGCCGCCGACAUGUACUCGUUUGGCAUGGUGCUCGUCGAGCUCGCGACGCACGACUUGCCGUAUGCGCAGCUCGUUGAAAUGUCAAAUUUUGCCCUUAUGCAGGCGCUCCGCGACGGCCAGCACCACCCAGCAGCGUACCGAAAAGAGGUGACUGGCGACUGCCCCGACUACGUCCACGCGCUCAUCGUGGCGUGCACGAAGGACGACCCGUCGGCGCGGCCGAGCGCCAUGGACGUCGGGUCGCUUCUGCGGCAACACCUCCCGCGGCCCGCAGACCAGUACUGCUUAUAAGCGACGUAUUUAACCUAGUCCUACCCCACUAUAAGCAAGUUGGAUGGCACAGCGUCCACGACAGCAA